AUGGAUGGCACUACUGCCAGCAGCGGCGGUCUUCGGGUCGGCAAACUGCUGCCAAAGGGUCUAUCAGCGAAGAGGAGGCGCAGAAAGGACAAGAAUGGACGGGACUCGGAGGCAUCGGGCGCAGAUGAUGACACACGCAGCACGAGCGCACACAGCAGCCAGCGGCGUUUCAAGCGCGAGCUGACCCUCGAGAGUGACGAUGCCAACUCAACCAACAUUGCUGACGACGACGACGAGAUGGACGACCGCAGCUUUGGGUCCUUUGAGUCUGGCGCAGAUCCGGAGACUGCCGACCGUGGAAGACCCGCAUCCAGCUCUGCUCCAGCUCGACCCGCCACAAUAUCUGCCCACCCGUCCCUGAUCGGCUACUUGACAACGUCAUCCCCCGUGGUCCAGACACAACACCUUGACUCGCGGUCUCACUUCCUAUCCUCCUCUCAAGCCCGCGGCUAUUCCAGCGGCAGUAGCGAUAAGUCCUUGUCGCCAGAAAAGCCAUCUAAAGCAAAGGGCGUUCCCGGCUUUCAGAACUCGAUCCCGGAACCUCCUGCGCCAGCCAAAAUAGCUUCCGCCGACCGAAAGGGCAGGGCAUCGACACCCCGAAUUGAAACCAACCCUCCCCGUACGCCACCUCAAGACGAUAAACCUGCUCCCGUUAUUGUCAACACCCCUCCGACUCCAACAGACCGAGCUGAUCAUUCACAAUUCGCAACGUCUCCGGACGGCAGGCCGUCAACGAAUGGGGCCGACCCUAAACUGAGAGCUGAUGGAAGUGCUGCUGCGUCAAAUAUGAACAUCCAUAGGAGAAGCAAAUCUGGUUCUGCAGCAAUCGGUCCUAGCAAGCUCUCUCAUAUUACAGCGGCGCCAUUGACACCUACUGACGAGACUGGCGGAGAGACCACCCCAAGUGCCACUGGGUUCUUUUCGUCCAUGAUAUCUGCCGCUCAAAACGCAGCUACCUCAAUUAGCAAUACGAUACCCAGCACGGGACUCGGCAUUGGAAGCAAUAAAACCCGGAACGGCACACCAAAGUCUUUGAAUUCCCCUGCCGCUAGCCAAACAACCUUGAACUCGCAACCUGCACCUGAACCAGAGCCGCGUAUCGAAGACACAAUGGAUCGGAAAGAGUCUGCAGUUCGAACACUGGGGUCUGGGGACCUCAGCCUUAGCCAACUCGGUCUUCCUGAAUCUUCAAUUACCUCUCCCGCGAGCGCCAGAUUUGCUGAUGUUGCCGACACCAGAACGAGAUCAGAAUCUGCUCCAACUGAGCCUCAAACCUCAGCCACGGACGUACUUCCAGCAGAAUCAUCGAGCCGGCCACGCUCCUUGGCCGAACCUGCCAGCGGGGAUCAGACCCCCCCGCAGACGGACCUUUCAGACCUCAAAGGGCCAGUUCAACGGUCGUCCAGCCUCAGGAGUGCAAUGAAACCUCACAGGAAGAGGGGAAGCUCAGCAACAACCGGAGGAACCAUAGCUGCGGCUAUUACAUCUGCCACGAAUGCUGCUCUUCCCACCAGCGGCGGUAUAGGGGCACCCAAGUUGACCGGAUUCGCGAUUGCCAGCAAGAAGCGAAACCGCGAUUUUCAUAAUCUCUUCAAGAGUGUACCCGAUGAUGACUAUCUAAUUGAAGAUUAUAGCUGCGCUCUUCAACGAGAGAUCCUAGCCCAUGGCCGAUUAUAUGUGUCUGAGGGUCACCUUUGCUUCAGCAGUAAUAUUCUCGGCUGGACAACAACGUUGGUCAUGAGCUUUGACGAAAUCGUAUCUGUGGAGAAGCGAAGCACCGCUCUUGUAUUCAAAAAUGGCCUGAUGAUAUCAACACUUCACGCCAAACAUAUUUUUGCCAGUUUUACGAGCAGAGAUGCCACAUAUGAUCUUAUCGUAAAUAUUUGGAAAUUGGGCCACCCAACUCUACGAAGCACAUUGAACGGUGUUCAGCUAGAAGGGACCGGUGGGGACAAGACGGAAAAGGUGGAGGAACAGCAAGGGGUGAUGGAAGAGGAGCCACAAGAGGCGUCCGGAUCCGAAGACGAUACAGAUGAUGAUGAAGGCGACGACGAGGAGUUCUAUGAUGAGGAAGAACACGAUGAGGUGCUUGAAACCCAGUCGACAGAUAUGACAGCUGUUGAACCGGAUCCAGAGAGGCCGGCAACGCGAAAGGUGUCUGGAAUGACUGCUGUAAAUGGCGUGGCAUCUGAACCGUCCAAAGAUGCCUCUCCACCGCCAGGCGGCGCACCCGAUUUUCCUGGCCCCUCCGCUCAUGCGCCAACAGACUGCGGCGACUCGACAGCCCAUUACGAAAAGGUCCUCGGCGAUGAGAUUAUUCCCGCUCCUCUUGGGAAGGUGUACAACCUCGUCUUUGGCCCUGGAUCUGUCACGUGGAUGAAUAAGUGGUUGUCGACAGAGCAAAAGUGCACCGACAUCCAGAUGGAGGAUAAGAAGGGCCUCACGGCCGAUAACAAGAGCCGCACCUUUACGUACAUCAAACCACUCAACGGCUCGAUCGGCCCGAAGCAAACGAAAUGUGUUGUAACAGAAACCAUUGACCAGAUGGACUUGGAGAAGGCUGUAAACCUCAGCGUCUCUACUCAAAAUCCAGAUGUGCCCUACGGCAACUUGUUUACCGUCAAGACGAAGUACUGCUUGUCAUGGGCUGAGAACAAUGCUACACGCAUUCAAAUCAACUGCACAGUCGAUUGGUCGGGCAAGUGCUGGCUAAAGGGAACCAUUGAGAAGAAUGUCAAUGAUGGACAAGGGCAAUACUGCAAGGAGCUAUUUGCGUCGCUCAAGUCGGCAGUUUCGUCCAGGGCUCGAUCCGGCACGGCGACGAACGGAAUUGUCAAGGGCAAAAAGAAGCUGAAGAGAAGCAAGGCAUUACAGACGGUUGUCGACCUGGAAGCCAGCAAGGGUGGCAAGUCGGACGGCGGGAAACAAAAUUGGGGACCGUUGGAACCUGUCCGAAGUAUACUGGAGCCAUGUGUUGAUGUGCUGCAGCCCAUACUUACGGGGAACGUCAUGUAUGGCCUGCUCGUGGGCCUGCUCGUUGCCAUGUGGUUUGGUUUUGGGUCUCCGCCGAAGAACAACGCGCCGUUUGGCCCAGAUGUUGGAUUUUACAGUCCCAAUCGACAAGCGGCCUAUGAGGAGAUGUGGCGGCGGCAGGAUUCUGAGCUAUGGGAAUGGCUGGAGGAGCGCGUGGGUAUGGAGCGGCUAAGCUCGGAUCAGCCCAGCGCGCGAAAACGAGGGAUGGAGCACCGGACAGUGGAGGAUAAGUUGCGAGAGGAGCGGAUGGAUGAACGCGAGAUCCAAGAAGCCAUUCGUGUGACGGAGGAAAAGUUGCGGGUACUGCGCGAGGUUAUUGGAAAAGGAAGGCCGAACUAG